AUGGGGCCCCCCUUUAACUGGUCCUCAUGGAGUAAUUCUCAGGAGGGGGGCCCCCAGGAUACUCUAUCAUCAAACUAUGAAACAGCAGCAGCAGCAGCAGCAGCAGCAGCAAAGGUGCAGCGAGAAGACGCUCUCAGAUCACGGAGCAGCCCAGACACUGUGUGGGGGGCCCCUCCAGAUGAAGAGGGGCCCCCACCAGCGGCAUUGGGGGCCCUCCCAGGCUCUUCAUACCCUUCUGCUGCUUCAUCACCCCCUGCUGCUGCUGCUGCUGCUGCAGAUGGGGGCAUUCAGUGGAAGGCAAGGGAGUCAUCAAGCAAAGGAGCUUCAGAGACAACAGGCAGCUUUGACUUAGAUUCGUUUGAUAUUGGAGGCAAAGAUUUGUCGCUGCAACAGCAGCAGCAGCAACAGCAGCAGCAGCAGCAGCUAGAAGAGGAGCAGAGGCAGCUACAGGCCCUGCAGCAGGAGCUGCUCAAGCAGCACUUUCUGCAGCAGACGCAGCAGCAGAAGCAGCAAAAGCAGCGUCCCCGCAGCAUACCGCUGCCACGUCUCACCAUCUCAGAGCUCUUCGGAGGCAGCUUCGGUCUUGAAGGAGCAGCAGCAGCAGCAGAGAGGGGCGAUGCAGGGGUGCAGCAGCAGGGGUGGGGGACGACUCGCAGCAGCCUGCAGCAGCAGGAGCUGCAGCAGCAGGAGCUGCAGCAGCAGGAUCUAGGCCUCUCGCCUGGAGCAUCAGGAGGUGUUGCAUUAGGAUCUGCAGCAGCAGCAGCUGCUGCUCUAGCGGAGAAGGGCAGCAGCAGCUCAGUGCCGCUGCGACGGAAGGUCAUAUGGCUUUUGCUGCUCAGUUUGUCUGUGGGGUUGCUGCUGCAGCAGCUAUCUGAACGCAAUCAGAAGCAAACUUCACAGCUAGAGCUGCAGCAUCUCCCUACGCUGUCUCAGAGGCUAGCCAGGGCUCGGGAGGGUGCUCCUAAGACGGAGGCGUUGUGGGCGUUGAUGCCUAGCAGCAGCAAGCAGCAGCAGCAGCUGCUGCUGCAGCAGCAACUCGCAGAUGCAGAGGGAGAAGAAGUCAAGCUGCUCUUCGAGCUUGACCGCCUUAACGUGCAGCGAGCCCUUAGAGAGCAGCAGCAGGAGCAGCUGCGGCAGCAGCAGCAGCAGCGCUUAGAGGCGGCAUCACUUACACAUCUGGGGGACAAAGGUAAGCACCUGUCUGAGUUGAGAGCUGCUGCUGCAUGCGCUAGGCAUGCAGUAGAAGGCCUGGAGGCUGCAGCGGAUACCAAAGCCGCAGCAGCAACUGCAGCGCUGCUGCAGCAGCAGCAGCGACAGUACACGCUGCAGCAGCAGCUGCGAGCAGCCUCCGCUCGGCAGCAGGUGCUGCAGCAAAUCGUCGAGCAGCAGCAAACUAUUGCAGCAGAAGCAUCACAGCUGCAGCAGGAGCUGCUGGAGGACUUGCAGCUGCCGCAGUCUAACGAUGCAAUGCAGCAGCAGAACCAAAUGCUGCUGCAGUAUAUUGAUCAGCAGCAGCGGCAGCAGCAGCAGCUGCUGGAGCAGCGCGACAUGCAGCUAGGAGAGCAGGGCCAGAGGAGGCUUAAACAAGAAAUAGACGUCCUUACUCAAGAGCUAGCAGAGGCUCGCGUGCGACUAAGGGAUCUCAACAGCAAAUGGUGGUUUCAGCGGCAGCAGCAGCAGCAGCAGCAGCAACAGGGAACCGUUGCGUCGCCGGAUCCGCCGGAUGCGCAGGCUCCACAGCAGCAGCAGCAGCAGCAGCAGGAGCAGUCGAAUCUGCUGGAGCAGCAGCAGCAGCAGCACGCUGCGGAGAGGUUUGCUCAUCAAGUGAAGAAGGAGGUGCUGCAGCUGCAGGUGCAGCGUGUGCGGCAGCAGAUGCGAGCAGCAAAAGAACGGGGCUCCCUCUGGAGAAAAAUUGUUUUAGGGCCUUUAAUAGGUGAUGAAUCAGAGGGAGUAAUGCAACUCUGUCGCAGAAUGAAGGCUUUAAGCUGUCAGUACACCUCGAUGCUUGCUGCUCUACAGGGGGCCCCCGGCACCGCAUCAGGGGGGGGCCCCCCAGAAGAGGGGGCCCCUACAGCUGAAGCUUCAACAAAGGGGGGCUCCCAAGAAGCAGCAGCAGCAGAAGGAGCAGCAGCAGAAGGAGAAGCAGCACCAGAGGAGCCCCUACAAUCCGCAUUGAAGGAGCUAGGAGCAGCAGCAAGGCAGCUUGAGGUUCUUGCUGCUGAGCUGUCUCUAACGCUACCAGAAGAGCUGCAAGCUGAGCUGGGAAAAGCGUAA